AUGCAUCUCACUAUCAACAGUGGGCCGUCACUAAGCAAUGGCAGUGGUGGCGGAGGAGGUGGAGGCGGCGGAGGUGGUGGCAUGUCUGGCGGUACGGCAAAUGGUGGUGGCGUGAGCGGCUCCGGUGGGCUGGGAUGCACUCCAUCCGGAAACGGCCUAGGAGGACACCACGGCGGCCAAAGUGGUGGCGGCGGAAGUGGCGGUGGUAACGGCGCAGGUGGUUCCGGCGGCAACGGCACCGGCACCGGCACCGGCAAUGGCGGCGGCGGCGGCGGCGGCGGCGGCAGCGGUGGUGGUAGCGGUGGUGGUGGUAGAGGUGGUGGUGGCGUCAGCGGUGGUGGCGGUACUGGCAACACCGGUGGCACCGCGAGCAACGGUAACGGAUCGAGCACGGGUGCCGGCGGCGAAAGUGGCCCACCGUCGGCGGCCAGCAUCCUAAACGACACGUACACCAAGAUGACGUCGGACAUCUUGGCGGAACGGACGCUGGGCGACUUUCUGUCCGAGCACCCGGGCGAGCUGAUCCGAACCGGGAGUCCUCUGUUUGUUUGCACAGUGUUACCUCCACACUGGCGCUCGAAUAAAACACUUCCGGUUGCGUUCAAGGUCGUCGCGCUCGGCGACGUCGGCGACGGCACGAUGGUGACGGUGCGGGCCGGCAACGACGAGAACUACUGCGCCGAGCUGCGCAACUGCACCGCGGUCAUGAAGAAUCAGGUGGCCAAGUUCAACGAUCUUCGCUUCGUAGGCCGCAGCGGACGUGGCAAAAGCUUCACGCUCACCAUUACUGUAUCAACAAGUCCGCCGCAGGUGGCCACCUAUAACAAAGCGAUCAAGGUGACGGUGGACGGACCACGGGAGCCCAGAUCCAAAACAACAUCUUUCGUAGGACAACAGCAGCAGUUCCACUUCGCGUUCGGACAACGGCCAUUCCACUUCCCAACCGACCCACUGUCCAGCUUUCGGAUGCCACCUCUAGGUAAUUGUCAGAAUAUGUCCCAGUUCGGCCUAAGCUCGACCAACUCGCACUGGAGCUACAGCUCAACCGGUCCGUACUCGCCUUACCUGACCUCUUGCACAACGCCAACCGCAUCUCAGUUCAACAAUCCGGCCCUUGGAUUUACCUGCAGCUCAGGCGAACAAAAUGGUGGACAGGACUUCGCGUCAGCACGUGAUUGCGUCACAAUGCUUCCCGACUCAACGGCCGCAGAUCUGGACCAGCACCUGAGCACCCUUGUCGGAGCGACACAGCAGGCAACGAGCCACAUGGUGCAGACGAACAUCAUGGCUGGCAGUGGCGGUGUGACAGCUGGCAACGGCACUGGUAAUGCGAGUGGCAAUGGGAACAAUGGGAACGGCCUAACCACACAGAUCCCGACGCACAUCUCCAACGGCCUGAUAGUCCCCCGAUACGCCCAGACGACCGGGACCAACAGCCACACUGAUGCGUAUGGCCUCACCAGCAGCCAGAGCGGCCCGCGCAGCCUGAGCGACUCCUCGCAGGCAGAGUCACCGGUGCAGGACGACCUACUUUCCUCGAACACACCCAAUCUUGGGAGCAGCGGCCCCAGCUCGACCACCGGUGGGGGCGGUGGUGGUGGGGCUAGUAGCGGUGGUGGCAGUGGUGGAGCAGCCGGCCACCAUCAAAACUUCUCUAGUAUCGUGAUGAACCAGAGUAACGCGGGCUCUAACGCGUCAGCCGUCUCGAACUACGUCGGCUCGAACGGCACGGGAAGUUGUAACGGGUCUCCGCUUUAUCCUGUCCUGCCUGCCAGCCUGCUAUACUCCCAGCUGUACACGGCGGCUAAUCAGUCUGUGGGCGGUUUCAGUCAUUCUGUCAACCACCACCAUCACAUUCAGUCACCACACGGGGCGGCCGCUGUGGCAGCGGCAGCGGCUGUUGCCAACGGUAGCAGCACUGACAGCGCAUCUGCCGCUGUCGCCAGUGCGGCCGCCGCUGCCAUGCAUGCCGGCGAGCUGCAGAGCGUCAUGGAUCACCUGACAGCGGGUGGCAACCAGGCGGCAGCGGUGGCGGCAGCAACCGUUUCGCACCGACACAACCAUCACCAUCAUCAUCAUCAGGCUGGAUCAAACCUACUCGGGCACGGCGGUCAGGGUGGUGGCGGCGGUGGUGACGGUAAUAACCACCCGGACCUGUCGCUCAUCGGCAACUGUGGCACUAUGGCGCGAGGAACACUGGACGAAGCAGGGCACCGGGUACUCGGUGGAACAGUCGUCGGAAGUGGCCGACUAGGAGGGCCUCCUGGCGGCCAGGGACAGGUCGGACAGGCGGCUGAUAACGGUAACUCGGUGUGGCGGCCGUACUGAAACCGAACCGGUGACACUGCCGUCCCCCUGCCGAUCUUCGAUGUACACCCCUCUGGUCCCCAAUCGCUUUCAGCUUCGACCACUGUGACUUACGUUGUCCAUUUACCCCGACAGCUCUAAAGUUGGACUUGAGCAGUUCGAGUUGGAGAAGCUUGUCCUAACAGUUCCGGAACAACCAGCGAUAGCAAUUAUCAUCAAAACUAUGUUUACAGUAAAGCACACAGUGUCACGAUAAAGUUCCAUGAUGACCAGUGCUAUUCUAGGUGUUAGUCUCUCACGAUGUUGCGCAAAAUACCCUAGAGCACCAACUAAGAGGUCAAAUGCCCCUCCACUGUACACUUUGUGCCGUUUUGCUAACCCUGCAAUCCCGAAGCUGGCUACUGCUCCGGAUCCUCAACUAAGCAACUGCAAUCCAUUCAUCCAAUGGCUACCAAGCCACUUUUAUCAGCCCAGAUAGCCUGAUAGCUGAUUAGAGUUUCUAUCGCCUCAAUGUCGGUUGAAUGCACCAACACCGUUGAUACCGUGAGCAGCGUUUUCUGCUCCAAAAACUCUAAAGGUAAAGCAAAAGCAAAACCCCCCUUGCUGACAGCAACCGAAUCCAUUAUCUGGAUUCCAUGGCGGUGGUAGAUAUGUAAAGUUGAAUACGUUGUAGUCACCUGUGAGAUGGUUUAAUAUUGUAGUGUUGUAACUGGUCACUGGAAACACGGAAAACAUAGCACAGCGCACAAAAUGCAUUGGAUACUCACCUAGUCGUGAAAUUCGUAUAUGGAAUGCCACAAAUCCCGUUAACUAAGCGAACGAUUUGUUUAACUCAUCAAGAGUAGCACAACCUACUCAAAGGGCAAGCGAAUCGGUAACUGUAAUGUCGGUUAACCGUUGAUUAUGCAUAGCGUACCCCACAAAAUGUGCAAUGGCAUAGCAACUUUAUACCAGUUAUAAUAAUCGGUUAAAGUGUAUUGUAGCUUUUUAUUUAUUUCUCUUAUUCCGUUUUUGUAAUUGUGGAUAAAA